CAAUUCUGACCCAAACAAUUCCUGAUUAUAAAAUACGAAAUUCUUGCAAAAAUUUCUCUAGAACGAUGAAGUUCCACUCAACUAAGCGGAUAUUCCCCAGAAAAUGUAGGUCAAGCGGUCAAUAUACUUACUUAUAAAAGUUUAAAAUUGAUGCAUUACACAAUUUUUUAAAAGAACCAACCAUCAGCUACAAAAACAACCAUAAUUACCCUCAUAAUUGUGUAACAGUAAUAAUAUUCCUCAAAUUACGAUUGAAUAUUGGUGAUACAAACAAAAAUACACCUUAAAAAAGUAAAAGAGAGAGUUCCAUUUACAUACCAUGAUUCACCGGGCUUUUCGCUUCAUUCGUGUUUGUGGUAUCAAGAAGAAGAUAUUAUUUUGUGUAUCAUGAAGUUCUUAAUCCUGGUCCCUAUUUUGCUAUUAUUUAACAAAAGCGGUGCCAUUUAUUCAAUGAAUGAAACAAGUGUCGGCAAAAUAGAGAAUAAUCCAGCAAUUUGGACCGAGCAAGGGGUUUGGGGGUCGCUGCUCGAAGAAUGGGCCCUUAAUCCAAAUCGCAGAGGAAAGCGAGUAAUGCAACUACCGCCGACUCAAGACGCCUACGUGAUGGAUGAAACUCCAGACGAAUCCGGAGACGACCGGAAAAGCAAAGUCACUCCCGGAAAAAUCGUCAACGGAAGCGGAAACCAGAAACCGCCAGGUCAACAAGUAUCAGAAACCGACUUGUAUUUACUCGGGGCGAUUGAAAAACUGGUCUAUCGAGCCGAUUUCAUGGAAAAACGGCUGCGACGGGUCGAGGAAAUGCUUUAUUUUGUCAUGGCCGGAAACCGCGUUGAUCAUGAGCCCUGUCCUGAUAAUUUCACCCGAGUGGGCCCCAACUGCUACGUUUUCCAAAGCGGCGCAGGUCGUGAGUACGACUGGAAAGCCGCAAGUAAACAAUGCAAGCGCCUCGGUGCGGUUUUAGCCGAAAUGGAGACAAUCGAGGAAAACCAGGACGUGAUCGCCCACAUCCAGAGCAACCAGCAGCUCAGAGGCAGGGAUUUCUGGACCGGGGGGCUGAACCCUGGCCUUUUGUGGAUCUGGAGCAACAGUGCGCGGCCUAUUUCCACGCCGGGGGGCAACAAGAAAAACCCCUCGGCUGGAAUUUUGGGAGAUGGGCGCUGUUUGCGCCUGGCAUACGAUCCAGCCUUGCGUUCGUACGCCUACAAAGGGACCGAUUGCUCCGUUCGCUACAAUUUCAUCUGCGAAUUACCCGAAAAUACGGCCAGUAAUGAACUACGCAGGCUGGGGCGGAGCAGGAAAAUUUUGGGCGAAUUGUAAACCAAAGAAAAAUCAAAUAUUUAUUCGUUUUAUUACUUAAAUAAAUAAUAAAAGUUUCAACCAAUACAACAA